ACCAGCCAUGUCGCGCAGACACCCCACCAUGAACGGCGUCCCUGCCCCCUCCCCGUCUACCGCGUACGGCCUCGCCCUGCUCUCCGAGUACACGCACACGCUCGACAGCGUCCCCGUCGAUCUCUCGCGGAGCUUCGGCGACCUGCGCGAGCUCGACGCCGUCCUUUCUUCCUCCAUCACACUCCUUACCGCGAAAGUCAACGAGCUCAUCAACAUGAUCGAAACCAAGGCGGGCACCAACGACGAGCGUCUCUUCCUCCUCACCGAGAUCGCGGAGGAGGCUGCGCGCUUGAAGCUCGGCGGCGAGGACAAGAUCCGCGUCGCCUGCCACGCCGCGGACGGCCUGCGCGCUCACAAAGCACACAUGAAGGCCCUGCUCGACCUCAUACCGGACCAGGAGUUCGCGAGGAGUGCCGAGGCGCUCUCCAGGAAGACAGCGUAUCCCCAUGUUGCGACGCGCAACUUUUACCCGCCCGGCAUGGCGGGCGAGGGCGGGAGGCGCAACCGCCGGGCCGCUGGUGCGGCCACAGGAUACAACGGCUUGUUGGUGAAUGGCGUCGACGCCAGCCCUGGAAAGAGAAAGCGGGUGGUGGCGAGGGAGGACGAUGCGGAUGUCACUCGGACGCCUAGCAAGAAGGAGCGCGUGGAGGCUCCCAAACGAAAUGGCGCGCGUCCCAAAAGGGAUCGCGUCGCGUCCCCCACAGAAUCUAUCAUGUCUGUGGCGUCACACAUGCCUCAAAACGCACCUGCUCCGUCAAACAACACGAACGCUCGUCAGAACGCAUCUGGACGGGCUGGAAGCAACUCAACGAACAAACGCAAUCAGGGCGAAAAUGUCUCCUCACGCCGGGAAGCCUUCAGCGCCCAGCCUCCGUCCUCCAGCCAUCCCUCCCUUCCCGCCCCGUAUGCGGCGACCGCGAACGUGGUGGUGGAAGCUCACGGCGCACGCGCCACGAGCAAUGGGGUUCUGUCGGACUGGCCACACGGGCAGCUCGAGGGCCCCGGCAUGCCUGUCGCGCGCAAUAUCUCCGCUGCCCUCGAGGGCAAUGACGGCACGCUAAGCGCCGGCGGGGAGCCCGACGGCGACGCGGACGACGGCAGGACGUACUGCUUCUGUGACGGCGUCAGCUACGGCGAGAUGAUCGCCUGCGACGACGAGGAGUGCGAGAAGGAAUGGUUCCACAUCGCCUGUGUAGGGCUCACCGUUGUGCCAGACGAAAUGUGGUACUGUUCGCGGUGCAUAGAACGGCGCCAGAGUCAGAAGAAAGCCGGUCGGGGUGGAAAGAAAAGGACAGCUGGCGGACGAACCGCGAGGAACGGUGCAUAAUCGCCGUAUAGAGGCGCCGCGAGACGCGAUGGCCCUCGCAUGUAAUAGUUCUUGUCCGAUAUACCCCCUGCUCUCUCGCUUUGAUCUUCUCCUGUAUUCUAGCACCUGCGUGCUACUACUCUCGACUUGCUCUUUGAGGCGCUC